AUGCCCCGAGCUGCUCGUAAAUGGACGCCAGACGAAGACAACCUGCUAUCCCGAGAGGUCCAUACUCAGUUAGCCGAGGGCAAAGUAAAAGACUGGAGGGUGAUUGCAGACAAGAUUUCAGGUCGCACGAACAAAGACUGCCGGAAACGGUGGCACAAUGCCCUGUCAGGGGUGUUUAAUAAAGGCUAUUGGACCGAAGAGGAGGACACACUGUUGACCCGAGCGGUGCAGACGCAUGGAGAAACAUGGACGGCAGUGGCGGAGAUCGUGACAAAGCGCAGCGCAGAUCAGUGCGCCAAGAGAUGGAAGCAAUUCCUGGAUCCACAGCUCGACCGUAGCGAAUGGACGGAGGAGGAGAACCGUCGCCUAGUGGAAGUUGCGGCUGUGAAAGGAAGAAGGUGGAAGGAAAUCCAGAUGGAGCAUUUUCCUUCCCGAUCCCGCAACUCCAUCAAAAAUCAAUACACCAUCCUCAGCAGACGAGAGAGCAAGUUAAGAAACAGCAGAAGCAGGAAAGUCAGACAACACCAGGACCACCCAGCAACCAAGGAAACUGCACAUCCGACCGACUCAUCACCAGGCGACGAGGACGAUGAAAUGGACUGCAUGGACGACGAGAGCAGCUAUGAGGAGGAAGAGGAAGCAGGCUCAGACGAAGAAAGCAGCCGGUGGGGUCCGCGCAACUCCCCAGGGGACCAGAGGGUCUCUAAUUCUAAUUCGACACUCGCGACCCCAGAUGAGAUUUCUACGUAUGCAGGGUUAGAUGCGUCGCUUUGGGACAAUUUUCCAGCCGGGGUCUCCGGCCACGCGUGGGACCCAACGAUUCCCUCGGUCGGGGACACCGAGUAUCCAGGACACCACUUCAACGGCACCCUGCCCGACCUAACCACUGUCUUCCCCGAUGUUCACCAGAGUUUUGGCUGUAACGGGUCGGAGGUUGCCAAGGAUGGGGUCUAUCCCAGUCUUCUUUACCCUGCGCACACCGAUAUGUCUAGAUUCUUGGACCCGGGGGGUUUGGAAUUGGCAGAAGUCGGGUCGCACCACCCAGCUAUCAUGCCUCUCCAGGGCACCGACAUGGCGCGUCAGAAUUCUCAAAGUAGCAAGGUCAUCCUCACCGUCGAGGAAGCAGACCAUAGUACGGUUGAAUCACUGAUGCAGAUUGCAUUUCUCAGUAAAUCUCGGUUUCAUUUGGCGCGGGAAUGA